AUGGUGGAGUUGCUGCAAAAAUCCAGUAUCAAAUCAAAGGACAAUGAGGGAAAGCUUUUAAAGUUAAUUCAAAAUCCUGUGACUCAACACUUACCCGCCAACUCGCUUAAAAUUGGUCUUUCAUUUAACUCGCCAAAGACAGUUAAAAUAAGAGACUUCGUUGCUGCUAACUGUGAUAAGAAUCUUGUAUUUGUGGUUGGUGCAAUGCCUCAUGGAAAUAUUGAUGCCGAUUACAUUGAUGAUUUCAUACCAGUUUCAGGUUAUCCACCAAGUGCUGACACUUGCCUCUACCGGAUCUGCGAUGCAUUAGAGAGUAAUUGGAAGAUCUUUUAAAUAAAAGAUGGGUUUAAAGAUGUUCUUUUUUGGGAAGUUCUAAUAUGGUUGAGACUAC